UUAAAAGCACACGACCAUAGUCAGACUGCGUGGAGUUUGAAGUUUGUCGAGGUUGACAGUAGUUCAAUUAAAUUUAUCCGAUAAAAAUCGUACAAUAUGACUGCUAAUAUUUUAAACAUUGUUUGCGGUCUUGUGUGCGUUGUCAUCGUGUGUGUAAAUGCCGCUCCUUCAUCGAAAUUACCUAAAGGUUUUAUACAAUGCAAAAAAAGUGAUCCUAAUUUUGAUGGAUGUUUAAAGAUGGGACUUCAAAGUGCUGUGCCACAUUUAGCAAAAGGUGUUCCAAACUUGGGAAUACUCAAAAUGGAUCCGCUGCGAAUCUCUUCACUGCUGAUAGACCAAGGCAAGGGGCCAGUUAGCAUUAAACUGGACUUUAAAAAUUUGGAUAUCAUUAACUUGAAAUCCAUUAUCAUUGAUAAAAUGCAUUAUAGUCCAGAAUCGUAUAGUUUGAGUGCUGAGUUACAUCCCGAAAAAUCUAUAAUUUUGGACGGCGAUUAUGAAAUAUCUGGAAAAGUAUUAAUUCUUCCAAUUGUUGGAAAGGGAAGAUGUAAAAUUGUCUUAGAUGUUUCGAAACUUGUUGGCACUGUUCAAAUGAAACCAGUGAUGAAGAACGGAAACAAACAUUUAGAAAUUGUAAACAUAGCAUGGAAAUUCACACCUACAAAAUUGAACCUCAAAUUUGAAAAUUUGUUCAACGGAGAUAAAGCCUUAGGAGAUAACAUGAACGUAUUCCUUAACGAGAAUUGGCGUGAACUUAUAAUUGAACUGCAACCGGCUAUUGAAGAUGUUUUUGGCACUGCCUUCAAAGAAAUUGGUCAAAACUUCUUAAACCGUGUUCCCGAAAAUCAAGUACUCCUAGAUUCUUGCACAUCAAAAUCAUACAAUAUGAGUAAUAUCACUGCUUUUAUCGUAAAGUUUGUUUGUUGUCUUGUGUACAUUUUUGUCGAGACCAGCCACGCUGCACCUUCCACAAAACUGCCAAAAGGUUUCGUGCAAUGCAAAUUAAGUGAUCCAGCUUUAAACGAAUGUAUCAGAGAUGGGCUUCAACGGGCCACUCCUUAUUUGGCAAAAGGUAUUCCGAGUCUUGGAUUACUCCCAUCAGAUCCAUUGAGAGUCAAUUCAUUAGGAAUAGAUCAGGGUAUAGGGGCUGUGAAUCUGAAGUUUAAGGAUCUAGAUAUUUUAAACAUGAAAUCGACGAUUGUCAAGGACUUGACAUAUGAUACAAAGAACUAUACUUUGAAUAUCGCUCUAGUCGUUCAAAAACCAAUUGUGUUGGAAGGUCAAUAUGAAACAAAUGGUAGAGUAAUAAUUUUGCCCAUUAAUGGGAAUGGAACAUGUAGAUUUUCUUUAGACAAUUACAAAUCUUUUAGUGUUGUUAAAAUGAAGCCAGUACUUAAAAAUGGCAAUACACAUUUAGAAAUCAAAAGUUUAGAUUGGAAGUUUACCACUUCGAAAAUGCAUUUAAAAAUGAAUAAUUUAUUUAAUGGAGACAAACUUUUAGGUGACAACAUGAACGUAUUUUUAAAUGAGAAUUGGAUGGAACUGUUAAAAGAAAUGCAGCCAGCUUUUGAAAAGGCUUUGAGUGUUGCUUUUAUUUCAAUCGCACAAGAGUUCUUUAACAGGAUACCAUUAAAUCAAAUUUUUAUUGAUUAAAUAUUUAAACACUAAUUAUGUUAUAUUAUAUUACUCAUAUUAUUGUAAAGUAAAUUAAUUUUAAGUAAUUGUUAUAUCUUAAACUGCAAUAUUCUUAAUUUAAAAAUAACUUAUGGAAUUACUAUGUUAUUUAAUUUAAUAUAAUGAUAAGUAUAAAUGUAUAAGUGUUGAAAUAAUAGCCAGCGUAUCUCAAUAAGUAAUAACAUUAAUCUUAGUUUUGUAUUUAUUGUACAUAAAUAUUUAUAUAUAGAAUCAACUAGUAAUUUUUAACUAUGUAAAAAAUGUCCGUUAAUGAGACUAUAUAAAUAUAUUCAUAUUCAAUAA